UCGGUGUAACUCCGUCCGGACCAGCAACAGGAUCGACGUCGUCGUCGAUCAGUGAUCGUUUCGCACGCAUCGCGUCCGUUCGUUGUCCGCCUGUUUGCGCCGUCCACAGGCGUUUUCUUCUCUCACGCUGUCGCUCGUCAUUUUUUUUCGUCCCGUUUUCUCAUCAGCUACCACCGAUCGACCGACAUAAUAUUAUAAGGUCGACUAGAAAAAAGAUAACAUAGUGUUAUUAAAAUAGUCAUUGCCGCGACCCGCAAACUCUCAAUAAUUACUUGAUAACGAUAUCCGGCGCAGGUACCUAACCCGUCGACGUUUUAUCGGUGUAACGACUCUUUAUGACUCUGUCGAUAACGUCAAUCAUCGUAGUUUUAAAUACCUAAACAUAAUAAUAAUACUGUACCGGGGAACCACCGCCGUCGAAAAUCCUACCCGACGGGAUAAGUAUUGCGGGCACAGCCGCCGCCGCGACUAGCAGCACGUGCGGAUCCGAGACCGCCGACGGAGGACAGAGGCCGGACUUCGAUUAUGGUCGUCAUUUUUAAACAAGAGUACGAAAAUCAAAGCAUGAGCAAUGAAUAUAGUUACUCACGUGGAAGACCUCCUGCAGAAUCUAUUUCUCGAAUUGCAGACUGGGACAUUAACGAUUCGAUUAUUCCAAGGGUGAGUAACUUCAACUUAUGGGAAGAAUGGGCCGAUGGGCAUUGUCGCUUGGUAUACCCACCCAAUUGCGAAGAAGCAAAGCGACACGCUUCUGGAUGGGCAAUGAGAAAUACCAACAAUCACAAUGUGCACAUAUUAAAGAAAUCGUGUCUGGGUGUUCUACUAUGCUCGAGAAGGUGUGUUCUUCCUUCGGGAGACACUGUUCACCUUAGACCAGCUAUAUGCGACAAGGCUCGAAAAAAGCAACAAGGUAAACCGUGCCCAAAUAGACAGUGCCACGGUCACUUAGAAAUAAUGCCCUGUAGAGGACAUUGUGGUUACCCUGUCACACAUUUUUGGAGGCAUACAGAGUAUGCAAUAUUUUUUCAAGCUAAGGGUGUACACGACCACCUGAGACCUGAAGCUAAGUCUACUUCAGAAGCACGAAGAAGUUUUGGCACCAGUCGCAAAAUACGAAACUUCGGCAUGCUCCUAACUCGUGAUGUUCCUUUCAAUAAUAAAGUAUUAAAUUUAAAAAAUCAAAAGCAGAAAGCCAUCAGUAAUGUAAAUCGCAAACAACAGUAUUUAAGUACACAACUAACUCAAGAGCUGAUUUCCGAGAACCGAAGUAUAAAUUCCGGUUGCUCGUGUCUUCCUUACUAUUGCGUUUGCAACAACAGCCGCCUGACAGCACCCGGGCCAGAACCCGCGACCGCCAUGCUCCAGCAUCAGCAAGCCUCAUACCCUGGCCAACACCACCAUCAUCAUCACCACCAUCGUCACCACCACCACAAUAACAGCAGCAGCAGUAGUAGCAGUGAAGACGAUCAACAUCACAACCCUCAAGACUGGGCGACGGCGGCUGGGCUGCAAAACUAUCACGUUCUGCAACAGCUUCAGUCCGAACCUCCGCCGACGUCGGCGAUCGUUCAAAACAUGUCCGCCGCUGACUUCGGGGGGUUCAUGACCGGGCCGCAACCGGCGUCGGCCGUCUACUGUCAACCGAUGCAGCAGCCCACCACCGACGGCGACGACGUGUUUCAACAGCAGCGGGUCGACCAGCGGCCACCAGGACAGGACGCUUCUUCGACUUACCACAAGUGUUCGCCGACGACCGUGUUGGAUUUGGGCAGCGGCACCAUACACAAGAGCCCGGGGCAGUGCAGCGGCGACAACGGCGGCGUCGGUUGGCAACACUACCAGCCCGCCGACUACCAUCAUCCGGCCGCGGUGCACCAUCAUCACGACCACCAGCAGCAGCAACAGUGCUUCCAGAUGCAGCAGAGUUGCGACGGCGUCGGCUAUCACCACCAUGCCGGGCAGCAGAUGCAGUACGCCACCAUCAAGACCGAGGACGGCCCGGAAUCUUUGGAUUUGAUGUACCCGAUGGCGGUGCAGGACGUGGAUUACUACGCACAGCUGUCGUCCUCUUCGUCGUCGGCGGACGCUGCGUGCCACAAGGGCAACGCAACGGUCGGCAUGCACAACGACGGGUCGAUGGACUUUAUCGGCGUCGACGGGACGAUGCCGGCCGACGUCUCCGGUUCGCAGCAAGUCGACUACAUGGUCCUCGAUCCCACCAAGCUGUUGUUGACCAACAACAACUUUUACAUGGACGCUUACUGUGGCAGCGGCGGAACGGAGACCAACAAUAACAACGACAACGACCACACGGCCGCAGCCGCGUUCAACGAAUUCCAACUGAACGCCGCCGACAUCCAUUGGUCGCAAUGAAUUCACCGACGCCACUAUACGACUGUACAUACGAAUACUAUGCAUUGAGCGAAUGGCGAAGAAAUUUCAUAUUUUGAACCUUCGUCACAUGGUGUGUACCGCUGUAUGUAUAUAAAUGUAUAUAAAAAAAAAAGAUGUAUUUUGUAAUUAAUUUGUUUGAGAGCGUGAAAUUUUGUGAAAUGUUAGUAAUAUUAGGAAUUUAAGCAGUAAUUUAUUUUUUUUUCAUUCUCAGUUUAUUAAUUGUACUUUAACUUUUUUUUUUCUUUUUUAUUAAUUUUCUUUUUUAUAGUUAACGCAUUUAAUCCAAAGGUGAUGGAUUGUUAAUAAUUUGAUAAUUCUUAUUGACCUGUAAACGUCACUAAAUAACGGGUACAACGUCGUCAUAUUAUACGUACCUACUACGAAACAUAUUUUAAUUUUCCCUUUAACGGUCCGAUUUUCAUGAUAAAAUUAAUUUAAGAUAACUAUAUUAUUACCUGUUUGUAAAAAAUUGUUCACUAUUUGUCUUUUCUAUUUUUUUUUUUUUUUUUGUUGGUUUUUAUUUUUGUCAAAAGGAUAACUGGCUUUUUUUAUUCUUAUUCUUAUUCUUAUUCUUAUUAUUAUUCUUAUUAUUACAUCGCUUAUUGAAUGAAAGUUCUUUAUAAUACGUACAUGGCCGAUAGUUUUUUUUUUCGAUACUUUGACUACGUGUACCUGUUGGUUGGUUGAAGCGUUUGAUUUUUACUCCAUUGCGAAUGGAACCUCUUUUUAUGCGAUACCAAAAUAAGUACGAACAGUUCGGUCGAACUCUGUAAAAAAUAAUAAUCGGAUACAUUAAAAAAUUACCAGCUGUGUAAAAAAAAGAAACUAAAAAAGUCGCGUACUUUAGAUAUUUUCCCACGAAAUGUUUGAAAUAGAUAACAGCCCGUUCUUCAAAACACACGCCCCUCAAAUUGUUCGGUUUAACCAAUUAUUAGACGCAGUCUUCGAGACUUAGUAAAAUAUUAUAUUGUGUUUCCAUGACCAGACUUGAAAAUGAAAAGCAUAACCGCACCUGCAAUUUAAAGUAUAAUAUACUUAGUACUUGUGAAUAAAUAUCGAAUGUAUUGUAAUAAAAUUGUUUUUAUGUUAUGAUUAUCUAUUUUAUAAUAUUGUUAUAUGACUGGUUAGUUUUAAAAGGUGUGACUCGUGAAAAGCAUACAAUCUUACCUAAUAUAGAAAUACACACACACACACUAUGCUCGGCAGACUCGAGUUACUUAUAAAUUUGUAGUUGAAAACAAGACCAUUGUUCUAAGUUAAAAAUUGUGUAAUAUUAUAUGAAUUGUAUUUAAAACAGACAUUUGUAAAUUGUAUAUUUGACACGUGUAUUGAAGCGAUUGUGUUUAAAAUACCAAUAAAUAAAUUUGAUUGAAAAUAAUA